AAGGAGUCCCUUGAUGGGACGUAGAGUGACGUCACAACCGCGACACUUCCUCGUUUAUGUCCUGACCUGAAUCGGAGAUCAGUCCACCAAAAUGCAUCUAUGCAGGAAUCCCCCCGAGAGGAGAAAGCGUGGCGACUCGCAAGCCUGAUUGUCGUCGUCGUUCACACCCGUGCUCGACCCCUCGCCGUCAUGCUGUGCUGGGGUAACGCGAGAGAUGGCCAGUUGGGGAUGGGCGCGGACGGAGACCCGCUGACUGAGCCCACCAGCUGUCCGGCGUUCAGAGGCAUGGGGUUCAAAGAAGUGGCGUGCGGCGCGCGGCACUCGGUCUUCCUGCUGCAUGACGGGAGCGUGUACACGUGCGGCUCCAACAGCUGUGGGCAGCUGGGCCACGACAAAGCCGGCGCCUCCCCAGAGCUGGUGGGAUCUCUGGACGCCCAGAAGAUCGCCACGGUGUCGAGCGGCCGGGCCCAUUCCGUGGCGAUCAACGAGCAGGGCCAAGUGUUCACGUGGGGGGCCGGCGAAGGGGGUCAGCUCGGCCUGGGGACCGCAGAGGCAGCUGUUCGAAUCCCGAGGAUGGUGAAAAGGUUGUGUGACCACAGCAUUGCCCAAGUCAUGUGUGGUAACCAACACUGCAUUGCACUUUCUAGAGAUGGUCAGCUGUUCACCUGGGGCCAGAACACCAACGGUCAACUGGGUCUGGGCAAAGGUGAGUCCAGUAAGCUUUUCCCGCAGCCCUUGAAGUCUCUGGCGGGGAUUCCGUUAGCGCAGAUCACCGCCGGAGGGGACCACAGCUUCGCGCUCUCCUUGUCUGGAGCCGUGUUUGGCUGGGGGAAGAACAGAGCGGGUCAACUGGGUCUCAAUGAUAAACAAGACCGAGCUGUUCCGUGCCACAUCAAGUUUCUGAGGUCUCAAAAAGUGGUUUACAUCAGCUGUGGCGAGGAGCACACAGCAGCCCUCACCAAGGAUGGCGGCUUGUUUACAUUUGGCGAAGGUUCGAGUGGUCAGCUGGGUCACGGCUCCAACAACAAUGAAUCUUUACCCCGACGGGUGCUGGAGCUGAUGGGCACGGAGGUAUCCCAGAUCACCUGUGGCAGUCACCACACGCUGGCAUUUGUGCCCUCCUCUGGUUUGGUGUAUGCAUUCGGUUGUAACCGCCAUGGUCAGCUGGGCACAGGAACUCAGAAUAAUGCCCAAAGCCCAUUUCCUGUCUUGACUGGCUUCCUGACCAGGAACGGACACAGAUCGGUAACCAAAAUUAUCUGUGGAGGAGAACACAGUUUCCUAUUGUACUCUAAUCAGGAGAGUUCUGUGGCCCCGGAGGAUUUUCGAGUGACGAAUGUCAACAAAAGCCUCACCCGCAUCACGCAUGAAAGAAUAAAUUCCUGGAGGGUAAAACUCAUGUCCAACGCAGAUUCAGGCGCCAGAAACGACAUCAUAAUUCAACUGUCCUCCACUGCUUGUUGGAAUGGCAGCUUCUUGGACCAAAGCGAUGAUGCCCACUUCAAGACCAACCCAAAGAUUCCAGGCAUCGAUCUCAACUCUGUCAGGACGCUAUUUGAGGAGCUCAGCCAGCCGGCCUUUUCCGGACUCCUGGAGCAGGCCACCAAGAGUUUCGAGAGUCUGCUGAUCCCGCAGCUGCCGAGCUCCCCUCCCGACGUGGAAGCCAUGAGGAUCUACCUCAUCUUGUCCGAGUACCCGGCUCUGCAGGACUCCAAGUACUACAUCCGCCUCACCAUCCCUCUGGCCAUGGCCAUCCUACGGCUCGACACCAACCCCGGCAAAGUAUUGGAUAACUGGUGGUGCUUCGUGGAUGGCGGCGUGUUCGAACGGAUGGUGGAUAUGUACAAGAGCAUCGUCGUGUUCAUGCUGGCCAUUGGCAAGAUGUGCCUUGUACCUUUGUUCUACGACAGCUACUUUCUCGCCACCCUAAGGCUGCUGGAGAAACUCCACAAGGUGAACCAGAAGGCCAAUCACGUGGAGUACAGCCGCUUUUAUAUCCACGACGUCAACAACCUGGUCGACAUGGAGGAGGACUACCUCAAGUGGUUUCUAAACAAGGCUGAAAAGGAACUGGGAUCGUCUUCUUCCAAUUCUCAACAGAUAGACUUCCCCUCAGUGAGCCUUUGUUCCUACCCGUUCAUUUUGAAUGCACAAGCCAAGACAACUAUGCUGCAAACAGACGCCGAGCUGCAAAUGCAGAUGGCAGUAAGCAACGCCAACAUCCACAACGUCUUGAGGGUGCUCACGCUGGAGCCCCAGCCAUUCAGGAACCUGUACCUGGUGCUGCACGUGCGCAGGGAGCAUCUGGUCAACGACACGCUGCGGGAGCUCACCAUGUAUUUUGAUGUGGACUUCAAGAAGCCGCUCAAGGUGACGUUUGACGGUGAGGAGGCUGUGGACGCGGGCGGCGUGACUAAAGAGUUUUUCCUGCUCCUGCUGAAGGAGCUGCUGGAUCCUGUUUAUGGAAUGUUCACGCAGUAUUCAGAGUCCAACCUGCUGUGGUUCUCGGAUAAAUGUUUUGUGGAGCAGAACUGGUUUCACCUCAUCGGCAUCGUCUGCGGUCUGGCCAUCUACAACUCCACAGUGGUGGACCUCCACUUCCCUCUGGUCCUCUACAAGAAGCUGCUGGACGUGGCGCCCGUACUGGACGACCUGGAGGAGCUGUCGCCCACUGAGGCCCGGAGUCUUCAGCAACUUUUGGACUAUGAAGGAAGCGACGUGGAGGAGACUUUUCUUCUCAACUUUGCAAUCACCAGAGAGAACUACAGCGUGACGGAGGUGAAGGAGCUGAUCCCAGGAGGACAGCACGUCAGCGUGGACCAACACAACAGGAAGGAGUUUGUGGAGGCGUACCUCCGCUACGUGUUCUGCGACUCCGUCAGCGAUCAGUAUUCCGCUUUCGCUUCGGGCUUCCUGAAGGUGUGCGGAGGAGACGUGUUGUCGCUCUUCCAACCAUCCGAGCUGAUGGCCAUGGUGGUGGGCAACAACAACUACAACUGGGACGAGAUGGAAAAGAACGCAGAGUACAAAGGAGAAUAUUCAGCCACUCAUCCCACCGUCAGAUUCUUCUGGGAGGUUUUCCACCAGUUCCCCGAGGAGAAGAAGAAGCAGUUUUUAUUGUUCCUGACGGGCAGCGACCGCAUUCCCAUCCACGGCAUGGCCAGCCUGAAGAUCGUCAUCCAGUCGACGGCGGCGGACGAGCAGCACCUGCCCGUGGCGCACACCUGCUACAACCUGCUGGACAUGCCGCGCUACCACACCAAAGACGUCCUGCGCCGCCGCCUCACUCAGGCCAUCGAGCAGUACGAGGGCUUCAGCCUGGUCUAGCGGCAGGGUCAAAGGUCAGACUGCCCGUUUGGCGCCCGUAUCAAAAAGGUCUACUCUUCUUCCAAGGGCCGUGCAAUUGUCAAAUCUGUUAUUUAACGUUAAAUAAUAAUCAUCUUUCUUCAUGCAUUAGCAUCUUCUAUGUUACUCUGUGGCGUUCAAGUGGCUGUUGUUUUGCUGGGAUAUCUGAGCACUGUCGGGGUUUUGAGCGUUUGUUUGAAAAGCAAUGUAUUUUCUAUUCAUGACAUUCUAUUUUUCCUUCUUGUUUAUAUGUUCCAAAUAUUUUAUUAAGCAGCUGUUUCUUUUUUUUGCACCUGAAUAAAAAACAAAACUAUA